UCUCUCUCUCUCUCUCUCUCUCUCUCUCUCUCUCUCUCUCUCUCCUGUCCUGAUCUCGGUAUCAGAUUUUGUCUCGCGCAAGAUUUGUCAAUCUUAUAUUGUAUUAAGUAAAUUCAAUCACAAUUUAAUUUGUUUCAAAUAAACACACAGAGAGAUCAGUUGCUUGAAUGAUGAGUUUCAGACUUUGUAUUGACCGAAGAACGGUCACGAAUCUAUUCAAGAUGACUAGAUCUUUGAGCGACCUGUGCAAUGACUUAGCUCUUUCUGAUUACUGUCGCAGAUUGUUGAUCGCUCUCUCUAAAUAAUGGAUGUAAGCACCGGGGACGGUGACGACGUAUCUUUUCACCUAGGUGAGAUGUUUGACAGUUACGAGGAGCUGGAACAGAAACUUGACAGAUUCUCUAAGCAGAGUUUGGUGCAUUACUGGAGGCGCGACAGCAGAACUGUGAGCGGCGCUCAUAUGAAAACCGCUCGACCUAUUAGCGAGAAGUUGAAAUAUUAUUCUGUCAAAUAUGCUUGCAUUUACGGCGGUCAAAAGUUCCUGCCACGCGGUGCUGGCAGAAGACAAUCUCAAUCAAUACGAACAAACUGUCCCGCACACAUCAUGCUCCGAGCUUCCAAGGAUGGCACGAAAUUGGAAGUGACCAGCGUUAACAAUGAACACAAUCACGAAAUCUCAGAGGAACUGUUUAAAAACCUUCCGCAAGAGAGAAAGCUCUGUGGCGAGAUCAAACAGGAAGUUCAGGAUCUCAUGCAGUUGCACAUCGAUCGGAAGAGAUUGAAAGAGUACGUGCGAUUGCGCACUAACAAGAUACUGCGAUCCAAAGAUCUGUUCAAUAUAGCCGCGGCCAACAAGCAGAAGAGACACAUCACGCCGGAACGGAUGUGUCAGUUGUUCAAGAAGAUUCUCGAGGCGGAGAAAAUGGAAAAACUGCAAGGGAGAGACGGCGGUAAAAAGAGAGAUCUUGAGUCCGACACCGAAAUAAGACAAACCAUUAAAAGAAUGAAGAAAGAGGACGAAUCCACUUGGAGUCAAGAGGGAUUGUCGGCAGCGGAAUUAGAAGUUAGCGAGGGAAACGACGGCGAGGAGUCUUACAGCAGUCAGUUGACGCAGGAAGAGGUCGGUGAAAUCAAUACGAGCGAAGGCGAAUUAAUAAGAACGAGCACUGAGGGCGAUAUAAUGACGACCGACGGGGAAAUAGUAGGCGAGCUUGUGAUGGAGAGCAACGACCCGUCGGUGAUAGUAGAAUCUAUUGUCAAUACAGACGGUUCUGUUUUCGUUGACGAGAGAGAAUUCAAUAGCUAUUGCGAGGAUCCCCUGACGCAUGCGGUGGACGAGAGCCAAUCGCCGAAGCCAUGCGAUAUAGAGACCAUCGUUCCAACCGCCGCCAUCGAGAAAGUUGCGAAAGGAACGUCCACGUCGCCUAGUCACAAGUCGCAAAGCGACACGUUGGUGCUGCAGCAACCCCCGAAGUCACCCGACAGUUUCGACGAAGCGGAUUCGAGAAUCUGGAUUAUGAAGGAGAGUCCCACGAUAGAAACGGAACCGGAAAGUCGGUCCGCAAGUGAGACGAACAUGACCAAACUCGACGACGAGCAGCAAGGCGCGGAGACGUCCAAGGCAGUAUUGUCGGACGAAGCGAAUAAUCAGCUACUUCAGGAACAACUGACCGUGUUGCGCGCGGAAAAGGGAAAGUUGCAUCAAGAGACCGAGAUGCUGAAGCUGAAGAAGGACAAGUUAAAGUUGCAGAUCAGAUGUUACACGAACAAGAUAAAGAAACAGGAAAUGGAGACGGAAAAGCUGAGGCUCGAGAUCAAGCUGCUCCAGUCUAAAGUCAUGGAGGACACUAACGAUGUAUCCCACUACAUCUUUGUGCCUUGAACUCUCUUUGCUCUUGUUGUAAAAUAUGUACAGAUAUUUACUUAUUAUGUGAGCUCACAUUAGCAGCGUAAGUGAGAUGCGAUCAUUGAUUGUAUUGAGAACAGAUCUAUUUCUUCAUUGGAUAUAGGAUAGGAUAAAAUGCGCGAAUAUAUAUAUAUGUUCCUGUAGUUCGUUUUUGCGCUAAGAAGCUCUUGUUCUAGUCUCAUUGCUCGCGAAUUGCCACGAAAUAGGAUGAUGCUCUUAGCGCAAAAAAAAAAGAAAAAAGAAAAGUUCAAUACAACCUCUCAAAACGUACACAGUCGGAAUCGACCAACAUCCGAAAACUUAUAUAUUUCCCUUUUCCCUUACUCUUUAACUCACGUAUGCGCAAAGACUAUCUGCGCUAAUGCUAGCGCAGUUUGUAAUCGUGCGCGGUUUUAAUCAUGCUUAGUGGUGGGAAAAGCGAUAAAGGGGAAAAUUUAUACGGUUUGAGAGUUGAUGCGUAUACGUUGUAGAGUUCUAUACAUCUUAUACACAUCUUAUAUAAAAAAAAAAUAAAAGAGGAUAUCAUAUAAGUGAUACAGUCAACAAGAGAGGAAUAAAUACAAGAAACAAAUAGCUUUGUAUGUAAAUUUGUAACAUUUGUGUACGUUGAUUUAUGUAAAAAAAUUUUUGUUCUAUAAUUUCGAACAUACAAUAUAUA